CAUAAUGGUUCUGCAGAAGUUAUUUGUGUUAUAGCAAAAGAGCUUCCAUUUGUAUAUUUUCCUGUGCUGGUAAUUUCUACACAUGGGCCUUGUAGUACAGAAACAUUUAAUGCAAUGUUAGCAAUUGAUGUGUUGAAAGAAACUGCUCUUGGUACAAAACAG